AUGGAACUCUCUCGGCAGGAGUACCCGGCAUUGCUGGCUACUCUGCAACCCAGCCAGGCUACCACCAUCCUCAAUGAUCGCAUUCGAAUUAUCAACAGAAUCCAUGCGGAUAUCGCGGACUUCCUCCAGGAACGCCGUCGUCUCGAAGAAGUAUACGCCCAGAGCUUGCGCAAGCUAGCGCAUCGCCCCCAACUGGACAAUGGCGCUGCACUUGGAAUCUUCCAAAUUCCCUGGCAGCGCAUCAUCAACGCCACCGAAGCCCUCGCCGUGUCGCACGAGACCCUUGCGACAAAGAUUGAGGAGGAUGUGGAACGGCCCUUGAGGGAAUACAGCACCAAAAAUCGCGACAUGCAAUCAAUGCCUGGAAUUCAGAACAAUCUGGCCGGGCUAGCCAAGAACGUCGAGACUGCGCAGAAGAAGGUGGACAAGGCUAAGAGCAAAGGCACCAAAGGCGCAGACAGGUUGGCCAGCGCGGUGGCUGAGGCGGAUGAAAUUCAACAGCAAUGGGAAUCUCGUGCCCCCUAUGUAUUCGAGCAACUUCAGGCUGCUGAUGAAGGCCGACUGAACCACCUUCGUGAUGUUCUCACCCAACUCGAGACGCACGAAGUGGAUCAAGUCGAGCGCGGUCGGCAAGCUGCGGAGAGCUGUCUGAAUGUUCUUCUGAACGUCGAGACAGCAGACGAAAUCAAGACAUUCGCUGCCAAACAUGCUGGCACCAGGAUGCCUCUCUCGCCGGUGACAUCCCGGAGACAGCCCUCUCAGGCGGAGACCCCUCCUGUGGCUCCUGCCACCCCAGGUACAGUCUCAACACCCCCGGUGGCUGAGCCCCUUGAACCUCCUCCAUCAAUCCAAGACGAUGCGGCCAGCCAGCGCUCGGAGGCGAUGCAAACACCUACUUCGAGAUCGGAGACGCCUGUGGCUGUUCAGACACCUCCCGCCCCGGAGCCGCAUCCUCGAAACACCCCCUUGGGUGGCCUGAGGCGCCUCGGAACGGUCAUGAACCGCCGCAAGAGUGUGAUUGGGCCAUCUGCUGGAAGCUAUGAAAGAAAGUCAGAGAAGAAACAUCGAAGUCCCUUCGCUCCCUUCAAGCGAAGUGAGUCUUCGAGAGAUAUGCAAAUCCCUGAAUCUCCUCCAACCACUGCAUCGGCGGAACGUCCGGGAACGUCCCUGACUGAGGAAUCCGCGCGCAACCCAAGUGUUUCACAAGAUCGCACCGUGUCAGAAGCCAUCGUCCCUACACCAAUCUCCCAGCCGGAGCCAGGUCAUACGAAUGGCAACCCACCGGAGGGUCAAGCUGGACUUGUUAGCAAUGGCACCACUCAGGGCCAUAUUGAUUCCGAGGGAUUCACUGAGCGACCUUCUACCAUCGAUGAGAUAACUCGCGCACAGAGGGAAGCAUCUGGAUUGGAGGACUCUGGCAUGAACCUCACAAUUCGUGAUCAGCCUAUCUUUGAAGAUGAGAGCCAAGCCAAGCAGGCCAUGGAUGAUAUGGCGAACACUCUCCGCAUGGCAAGUCAUGGUGCAUCGCCUUUCUUGAUAAUAGACCAGCGAGCUCCGAUGCGGCGAAACGCAGGCACUAUUCGCGGCCGACGAGAUGUGCGGAACACGGUAUUUGUUCCGAAUCCCUCUAACGAAUUGGCAACAACCCAGGCCGCGCCAGAAUUAUAUGCACCGUCUUCUCCAAUUAAGCAUGCCCCGUCUCCUAGUACUGCGACAGAAGACCAUGCCAUGUCGGACACUACGUCCGUUCGCUCAGGACAUACUGUCCACGGCCCCGCGCCGACUAUUCACCCUGAGCUUCAUGAAUCCGGUCUGAAUGCAUCUAUCAUUGAGACUGUCAGUGCAUGGUUUUCUGAGGGCAGCGUAACAAAGUCAAUGGUGGUGGGAGAGUUGGCAUUAGCCCAUAAUGCUACCGCAGGCAUUCCAACGGAUAUCUCACGCAUCCGUCUCGACAAUUUCCCAGUGUUGGAAAAGGUUGCUGCCAAUCCGCACUUUGUCCAAGAAGUCACCAAGGACGCGACAGAUGAGAAACGCGGCGAGUACGAUAUUCAGCUGGGCAGUAUUUCCCGACCGAUUCCCACCGUUGCCUUCAAGUACCAAGUGCACUUGGAUCUUACGAACCCAUCGGCCUACUGCCCGGUAAUCUUUAAACCAGCUUGGAACUUGCAAGAGUUCCAAGCCAGUGCUAUCAUCUUCUAUUCCCUGAACCCUGCCUUUAUCUCGCAAUCUGGGGGACCCAUUACUCUCAAGAAUGUCGUCCUCACCGUGUCUUUGGACACUGCUGCCGAAGACGAAGCCACCAAGCAGCCACGUGAGUCAGUCGCCCAUGCGACUAGCGCCGUCAUGCACCCGAACUCAGGCGCCACCUUCCGCCGCAAAACUUCCACCGUCACCUGGAAGAUCCCCGAGCUAGAGGUAAAGCCACCCGGUGCUGGGGAAGAGGGCAAGUUCCUUGUACGCUUUGCUACUUCCACUCCCGGCCCUCGCAAGGGCAACGUGGAGGCCAAGUUUGAGCUUCGCACCGUCGAGACCGGCUCCAGGUUGGGCAUUAGUCGUGCUAGCUCGGACGCUGCACUGAAAGAGUCCGAUCCUUUCUCCGAUGCCGAGGCACCGAGCCCUGCUUUUUCUACAUCCUGGCAGGAAGUUCCGACGGUUCGCAAGCUCGUUGGUGGGAAGUACGUUGCUGCUUAA